UGAGGCCAAACGACACGACUACAAGGACCAUAAUGCAUUGCAGCGAAAUAGUCAUUAUCAUGACACAUCUUCAACAUAAGGAAAAGCUUCCUUUUUGAAAGCGUUUUAUUUGCUAACGUUGGGGGAAGGUUGGCUUUUUUAUGGUUACCAUUUUGAGAAAUAAAUAAACAUUUGUCUGGGCCAGCAGAGACAGUCAGGCUCUAAAUAUGAGCCAAAAGUGAUCUACAGCUUGCUUUCUAGCAGAGAAGCUCGCUAAAAGACAGCUUCACAGGCUAGUACGCGCUAACGUUAGCUAAAUGAAGAGACCGGAUCCGUAAUAUAUAACAUUAGAGAGCUACAUUCAUCAAGGAGAGCAGCUGGAAGGGAUUUGCUGACGUCUUAUCUGCAGCAUGUCCAUAGAGGCCCUGGACUGAAAUUACAGACUACAGGCAAAGAUGAACACAUCCUUCUCAUGGUUUCCCAUGAACCUCACCUGGAGUGGGAGGGUGUUGUGAGAGAGGAGGAAGGAACAUAAGAGGACUAUAAACAAGAGCCAUGAAUCUCCAUCAGGUCCUCACAGGGGCUGUCAACCCUGGAGACAAUUGCUUCUCUGUAGGUAGUGUCGACAAUGUGCCAUUCACGGCCUAUGCGUCAGGUUGUGAUGUGGUGAUUUUGGGCAGUGACUUUGAGCGGUUGCAGAUCAUCCCAGGGGCCAAACAUGGCAAUAUCCAGGUUGGCUGUGUUGACUGCUCACUUCGGGGUGGACAGAUUGCAGCUUCCUAUGGAAGCAUUGUGUGUGUCUUUGAGCCUGUUCAGCACCCAGAUCAACAGGACACAUCGUUGACUAAGUUGAACUGCCAAUGGCACAAGACAGGUCAGUUUGUAUUGGAGUCUAUGGUACGGAACUUGGCCUGGCACCCCACAGGCAGCACUCUCCUAACAGGCUCUACUAGCCUCCAGUUGUGGUCUAAUGUUGACAGAGUAGAAGUUGAAGCUGAAGAAGGUGGAACACAGACAGAAAUGACCAUAAAAGACUCUCAUUCUGCCUGGAGGUGCAUCUGGCAAAGCAAGACAGCAUCUCCUAUCAAUUUAAUUAAGUUCUCGCCCGAUGGGGAAUUUUUUGCUACUGCUGGACAAGAUGACUGCCUAGUAAAGCUAUGGUACUGCACCAGUAAGUGGAAGUCAGGUGUUUCUGGACUCUUCACACAUCCAGAAACUACUGACAGUGUCCAGAGAGAGCUGGCCUUCUCCUUUGUCUACCUGGCUCAUCCCCGUUCUGUUACUGGCUUCUCAUGGAGGAAGACCAGCAAGUACAUGCCACGAGGUGCAGUGUGUAAUGUUCUUCUCACCUGCUGUAAGGACAGUGUAUGUCGGCUCUGGGCAGAGACGUUGUUGCCGGGUGACAGUGUCCUGUCUGAUCACCAUAACAACCCCGCUUCUGGCCAACACAGUGACACACACAGAUGUACUGGUCCUGCUAAGAAACACACCUGCAAUGGGAAGACGCAAGGAAAAACCAUACAGGAAUUGAAUUUUCUAGAGUCAUGGCAGUACUCCUUUCAUCGGAAUGGGCCCCAGCCCUCUCUGUCUCGCUGCCUGCCUGACCAUCACAGUGGACACUAUGGUCACAAGAAGAGCACCAACAAUAUGCCCCAUGCCAUUGCUCUCUGCCACUUCCACAUUGCUGCCAGCAUCAACCCAGCCACAGACAUUCCUCUGCUGCCCUCCAUCUCCUCUCUGAGUGCCGUGGAUGACGAAGAACCUGGAGGUCUGUUUACCGUCCACUGGCUCAACAACAAAGAGCUUCAUUUCACUUUAGCUAUGGAAGUCUUCCUGAAGCAGCUCCAAGGCAACCUGGAGCAACAGAAUGAAGGGUCCCAUGAAGAGCAUGAAGAUGAUGAUAACUCUGAUGAAGAAAACAGUAGCAGGCCAAGUGACACCCAAGGUCCUCAGGCUGUGGAGCUUCCUCUGGCAGCAGUGGAGCACCAGGUGGAUGUGCUGUUAGAGGAGUGGAAUAAAGGGGCAGACAUGUUGUUCAGUAUUCAUCCCAUGGACGGCUCCCUGUUAGUCUGGAAUUUGGACUGGUUAGAUGAAUACCAGCCAGGAAUGUUCAGACAAGCUCAGGUGUCGUUUGUGUCCCGUAUCCCCGUAGCAUUCCCUGCAGGAGAUGCAAUAUCCCUGAGCCACAGUGUUGUUAUGUAUGCAUGCAACAAGAACGUGGAUCUGGCUAUCCAACAUGGCAGACAGCGACCGCCUGGGAGUACAUUGCCUCAAACCAAAUCUGCUUUAAUAAGCUACAGAGGUCAAGGAAAAGCUGCAGCCAGCAGUAGUCUUCGACUAAGCAUUUUCACCCCAAACGUUCUUAUGAUCUCCAAACAUGCUGAUGGCACCCUGAACCAGUGGGCAGUCAGUUUUGCGGAGGACUCGGCUUUCUCCACUGUACUCAGUAUCUCUCACAAGUCACGGUACUGUGGCCACCGCUUCCACCUCAAUGACCUGGCCUGUCACUCAUUACUUCCUCUUCUCCUCACCACCUCACACCACAAUGCCUUGAGGACACCAGAGGUAGAUAGCAUCCUGGCUCACCCAGAGGCCCACUCCUCUGCUUUCUCUCGGUUAAAGUCUUUGCCCCCAGGGUCACGUCCCAGCCGCAUGUCGCUGGGUGGGGUUUCCCAGGAUCCAAAUGCAAUAUACAGCGAGCUGAUUUUAUGGAGAGUAGAUCCUGUUGGACCACUGUCUUUGUCUGGAGGAGUCUCUGAGCUAGCUCGGAUCAAUUCUCUCCAUGCGUCAGCAUUUGCUAAUGUAGCCUGGCUGCCCACACUCAUUCCCAGCAGCUGUUUAGGUGCGUACUGUAACUCUCCCAGCGCCUGCUUUGUGGCUAGUGAUGGCCACUCCCUCAGGCUAUAUCAGGCUGUCAUUGAAGCUAAGAAACUCCUGAGUGAGCUCUCCAACCCUGAGAUGUCAAAAUAUGUUGGGGAGGUAUUCAACAUCAUCAGUCAGCAAUCCACAGCAAAACCAGGGUGUAUUAUAGAGCUAGAUGCCAUUACUGACUUUCAAGGAAAGGAGACCCAGCUCCUGCAUGUUUUCGAGGAGAAUCUGAUUCUCGGCAGUGAUAGAACAGAGAGCAAACCGGAAUCUCCUGAUUCUCCUCACACUGCAGCUUUUAGCAGGCCAGCCUUCUCAGCACGUUUUUUCCUGGUAGUGGUCGAAUUGAGCCCGACAGGUCGCUCGCUCCUCCACAUGUGGCAUCUCCAUCUGGCUGCCCGACAUGUCACCAUAGAGGACACCACAAUAGAGAAGGAUGCCACCACAGCUUCUCCUGUGAACAGCCCUCAGUUUAACUUUGGCAUGUUUGGUUCUUCAGUAACUCAGAAGAGUAAACCCUGCACUUCCAAUCUGCAGAGUGCCUGUCGCCUCAGCCUUACAACACACAGUUUAUACAGUCAAGAGAUGGCUCUGCCAGAAGGGGUGGAAGCCAUUAGUGUUACACCUUCAGCAGGUCACCUGAGUGCAUCUUGUUCUCUGCCAGCUGACCGUUUGCCUUACCUCCUUGCUACUUCUUGUUCUGAUGGAAAGGUGCGCUUCUGGAGGUGUAAUGUCAUGGCAGCAGAGCCCCCCACUAUGGACAGCUUGGUUUACCGCUGGGAGGAGUGGCCUCUCCUAGUGGAGGAGAGGCUUCCCAACAGCAGUGCAGUAAGCGUGCCAGGUCGCCCCAUAGAGGUCAGCUGCUGUCACACUGGGCGGAUUGCGGUUGCUUACAGGCAAAUGCCAAAUACUUGUCUGAACUCAAAACCUCAUCUGAACUCUCAUGGACAGUCAGCUUCUUCUCCUACCCUGGCAUCCUCCCCCUAUAAUAACUACCUGACCCCACCCCUUAAUGUACAGCAUAGCCCAAAUCUCAUUCCAAGCCCCAACACAGCAAACCCUAAAGCACCAUUGGUCCACAUUGGCAUUUUUCAGUGUGAGUCUACUGGUGGUUCGCAGUGGAUUCUAGAGCAGAUCAUAGUCCUGGACAGCACAGAUCCCACAGCUAACUAUGAUAUUAGCAGUGGUGCAAUUGGAAGUGCCAGUGUUCAAAGUAACAUGGACUUGUCUUUACCUAAUGACAACUGUCUAGGUUCUACUUGUAAGAGCUUGGUUCAUUUGGAUUGGGUCUCCCAAGAAGAUGGGUCACAUGUUCUGACUGUCAGCCUUGGGACAAAGAUUUAUAUGUACGGCCGUCUCUCUGGGAAGCCUCCAGAGCUUGGUCUGUCAUCUGAUGCCAGUAGAGACCAGAGCUUGUCUCGUCUAGUUCUACUUCGAUCAGUUGAUCUGGUCUCCUCUGUUGAAGGCUCAUUACCCAUCCCAGUCUCCCUCUCCUGGGUGCGAGAUGGCAUCUUGGUAGUGGGCAUGGACUGUGAAAUGCAUGUGUACUCCCAGUGGCAGCCCCCAGCACCACCCAAACCCAAUGUGGCCAUUGCCCAAGAUACAGACAUUAGCAGCAGUGUCUCCUCCAUAAUUUCAGCCGUCAGACAGAGCCAGGAGGAGGGUCUCAACCCUGGGUUGUCUACAUCUUCAUUGGCCCCUCCCAAAAAGGUCCUGACAAGAUCAAUGAUGAGCCUGGCACAGAAACUCAGUGGGAAGAGAACAGUUUAUGAUCUGCCUGUAGAGAUGGAAGAUUCAGGUCUUUUUGAAGCAGCUCACCAACUCUUUACAACUCUGCCCCAGUACCAUCCCGUACAGUUACUGGAGCUCAUGGAUCUAGGGAAGGUUCGCCGUGCCAAAGCCAUCCUUUCCCACCUGGUUAAAUGCAUUGCUGGAGAAAUUGUGGCACUUAGAGACAACACCGCUAAUCCAGAGAAGCGUGUGCGUUCUCGAACCAUCAGCGCUGGAGGCAGCACAGCCAGGGACCCAAAGGUGUUCAGCAAAGCAGAAAGCUCCACCUCAGACUACACGGAGAUAAGCUCUGUUCCUCCCCUGCCUCUGUACGCUCUUCUGGCAGCUGAUGAAGAUACAUCACCAAAACCUUGUAAAGUGGGCAGUGUGAGUGGAGAUAGUGGACAUGGUUCCAGUCACACAGAUGCUUAUGAUGAGCUCUUUCAUACACCCAGUACAGUGGACCUGGACCCUUUGGACAGUGAUCAAGAGGAAACGGGAAACAAGGUUAUUGACCUGUCCCAGUACAGUCCUACAUACUUUGGUCCAGAACAUGCCCAGGUUCUGGCCAGCCACCUUCUUCACUCCAGUUUGCCAGGAUUAACGCGUAUGGAGCAGAUGUCUCUCAUGGCGCUGGCCGACACCAUUGCUACUACAAGCACAGACCUCAAGGACAGCCAGGGCAAGAGCAAAGGUGGAGAGACACUGGAUGACUGUGGUCUCAAGUUCUUGCUGGCUGUCAGACUACAUACCUUUCUCUCUACCUCCCUGCCUCCAGCACACCGAGCACAGCUGCUACAGCAAGGCCUGUCAACAUGUCACUAUGCAUGGGCCUUCCACUCUGAAGCGGAGGAGGAGCUGCUGAACAUGCUGCCUGCCCUACAGAAGGGAGAGCCCACCUGGCCUGAGCUGCGCUCUAUGGGUGUGGGCUGGUGGCUGCGCAGCAUCAACAAGCUACGCAGGUGUAUUGAGAAGGUUGCCAAGGCUUCUUUUCAGAAGACUAAUGAUCCUCUGGAUGCUGCUAUAUUUUACCUUGCAAUGAAAAAGAAGGCAGUAGUCUGGGGAUUGUACAGGUCUCAGAAGAAUGCCAAAAUGACAGCGUUUUUCCACAACAACUUCAGUGAAGACCGAUGGAGGAAAGCAGCAUUGAAAAAUGCCUUUUCUCUGUUAGGAAAGCGGCGAUUCCAACAUUCUGCAGCCUUUUUCCUUCUGGCUGGUUCCCUUAAGGAUGCUGUGGAGGUGUGUCUAGAGAAAAUGCAGGACCUACAGUUGGCCCUUGUGAUCUCUAGAUUGUAUGAGUCUGAGUACGAGACAGCAUCCACCUACAAGAAGAUCCUUCAGAGACGUGUUCUAGGACAAGACAAACAGAUUCCAGCCCACCGGGACCCGUUCCUACGGAGCAUGGCUCACUGGGUCUUGGAGGACUACAGUAGAGCCUUGGACACUCUGCUUGAACAGCCUGCUAACAAUGCCAGGUCUGGGUCCACUGGGAACAAAUAUGACACUGGUUCCUCUUCUUUGUCUACAUGUAACCCUGAGGUUUUCAACUUUUACACCUACCUCCGUACCCACCCGCUCCUCCUUCGUCGCCAUUUUGGUUCGUCGGACAAGGCUAAAGUUGGCCUAACCACUGAGAGUCGCAGGCAUGACUCCAUUAGCCUGGAAGAGAGAAGAUUGUUUUUCACAGCUGCAUAUGCGCACCUGCAAGCUCGCUGCCCCAUGCUAGCACUUGAAGUCCUCUCCAAGAUGCCCAAAGUCCGCAAGCAUUCCAAACUCUCCUAUCAGGAGGAUAGAAACAUCACUGCUGAGCUCAGUGUUGGGAAUCAGAAUGGACAGGCAUCUGACCCAGAUUGGUCUCAGCCGGCUCUGAAUGGUUACGAAUCAGAUGGGAACAGCUUGUCUAUCAGCCGGUCAGAAUCAGUGUUAAGUUUUGAUUGGAGCCAACCGCCACUGACGCUUCCAGAUGAGCCCCUGGAGCUGAAGUGGGACAGUGACAAAGAUGAUAAUGAAGAAGAUGAUGAGGAUGAAGGAGAAACUAAAAAUGCUAAGAGUGGUAUAACUGCAGACAACACUAGUGUGUUCCAGGACACGCAGGAUGCCAUGUCACCACUAAUGGAGAUGGUGACGGGAGAGGACAGUGAGGACAGCAAUGACUUCAUCACACCAUCUGAUGACAUCUUGGCGGCCCAGUUGAAGUUUACUGCCUGCUUGAAGAUUAUGACCAAUGAGCUCCGAACGCUGUCAACAGGGUAUGAACUGGAUGGAGGGAAGCUACGUUACCAGCUCUACCAGUGGUUAGAAAGAGAGGUGGUUGCUCUCCAGCAUUGCUGCAGCUAUAAGCCCUGCCUGCCAGAGCUGUCUGUCCAGGGUGAUGCCCCUGUUUCUUCAGUGGUGGAGGAGGAACAGUCUGGGAGUCCUCAUGGUGACAGCCAGAGGAACAGGAGACAUUGGCUUCAGAGUAACCAGCCCUUAUUGAGGAUGUUUCUGAGCUACUGCAGCUUGCAUGGCUCCCACGGUGGAGGACUGGCUUCCGUACGCAUGGAGCUCAUAUUAUUGCUUCAAGAGUCUCACCAGGGUGACUCCAUCCAGUCAGUGGUGACAUCAAGUUCCCAACCCACCUCUAUCCCUCUUCUGAUGGCUUGCACAGCCAAUGUAAAGACGGUGGUGGCAAAUCCCAUAGUCCACCUGACCAACCUGACUCAUGACAUCUUGCAGACCAUCAAUGCACUUGAUUCUCCUCCACAUCCUGAUGUCAUUAACAAUGAGAUCUAUGUGAUGCAUACCUUGGCUGCCUCCUUGUCUGCCUGUAUAUAUCAGUGUUUGUGUGAUGGACACACUUACAGCCAUGUGAACCAUUUUACGGGGACUGUGUAUCAGAGUGUAUUGCUGUCUCAGAAGCAGUCACUCAGAACUGCUAGCAUGGAUGAGUCUCUUCAGCCCAACACUUCUCCUGUGCAGUGGCCAGGUAUUGCCUCUCUGAUUCAUCUGUUGAGCUCACCAGGUGAGGAGUGCCAACCAGGCUUGAUUGUGCUGCUCUGUGAGAUCCUGACUGCUGUCUUCCUCAGUCUGUUUGUUCAUGGCAUGGCCACUCACUCCAGCAACGAGCUAUUUCGCAUUGUGGCCCACCCCCUCAACAGCAAGCUUUGGGUGAAAGUGUUCGGAGGAGGUGUCCAGACCCCUGUCACAGAGAAACCCAUGAGCCCAACAAGAUCACCCUCACCAGCCUCUCCAAGCGGCUCAGACUGGAAGUCCAGACGAUUCAGAUUUCGGUCAUCUCGCAGUGGAUCAAGAGAGGAGUCUGGGAUAGAGCCGGAGGGCUGUUCCAGUCCCAAGCAUGCCCCUGUGGUAGAACAAGGAGCUACUUCCACCUUUAAAGAGCGAUUUGUCCCUCCAGAGCUCAGCAUUUGGGAUUACUUUAUUGCUAAGCCAUUAUUGCCAUCAUCAGAAAACAGAAUUGAAUAUGACUCAGAGGAGAGCCAGGACAGUCAAGAUGAAGAUGAUGAUGAAUUUGAAGAUGUGUUUGACCCCCACUCUCCCAAAAGGGAGCAUUUGAACCAUAACUCAUACAGUUGGUGUUUAAUGCGUCUGGCAAUGGUUCAGCUGGUGUUGGUCAACCUCAAGUCCUUUUACCCAAUGGCAGGAUAUGAUCUAUUAGAUCUGCCUGUGGGCUCUCCUCUGUGUCAUGCUGUGCUGAAGACACUGCAGCGCUGGGAGCAGGUGCUGCAGAAAAGGCUGGAGAUUUUCAGAGGCCCCCCUCAAAAGUACAUCUCAACCCAUCUCCAGGAUGAAGCGACAGCACCUGGCCCUGCCCUGCUCAGACACAAGGCCCUGUUUGAACAAUCCAACACCCCAUUCAGGACUAGUCACCAUUCAGCACUGCCAGUGAAACGGUUGUGGCAGUUUCUGGUCAAGCAGGAAGAAGUGCAGGAGACUUUUAUUAGAAAUAUCUUUACCAAGAAACCGGACCUGAAUGAGUUGGUUGACGACCAGACUGACAUUAUGAAAUGUUCAGGGAUGGACGAGACAGGAAGCAAUCAGACCGAGUCAGAUCUGGCCUGCCCCGGAGGAAAGGCACGCAUCAUCCACAAGGAAUCUGAUAUCAUCACAGCCUUUGCCAUCAACAAGGCAAAUCGUAAUUGUUUAGUCAUGGCCUCUACCCAUGACAUUCAAGAGUUGGAUGUGUCAUCCAUCUUGGCUACACAGAUCUUGACAUGGAUUGAUGAUGAUGAGGCUGAAACUAAAGGCGUUGGGGGUGAUGACUUCUUGGUGGUCCAUACGCACAAUGACUUUGCCGCCCUCCAUGGCACCACACCGUACACCCACAGUAGCCCUGGUACACCCAUCAACAUGCCGUGGCUGGGAGGCAUGCAGACAGGCAGGGGCGCAUCUGUGAUGAUCAAGCGGAACAUCAACAACGUAAGAAGAAUGGCGUCUCAUCCCACACUGCCGUACUACCUGACAGGAGCUCAGGAUGGUAGCGUGAGGAUGUUCGAGUGGGGUCACUCCCAGCAGAUCAUCUGCUUCAGAAGUCCAGGCAACUCCAGGGUCACCAGGAUACGAUUCAGCCACCAAGGAAACAAGUUUGGUAUCAUAGAUGCUGAUGGAGGUUUAAGUCUAUGGCAGACCAACACAAGUGGGAAUGCACCCAAACCAUACCUGACGCUGCAGUGCCACAACAAGACAGCCUAUGACUUUGUCUUUGUGAGCUCCUCCACCCUCAUUGCAACUGCAGGUCUUUCAACAGACAACAGGAACGUGUGCUUAUGGGACACUCUAGUGACUCCUGCUAACAGCCUUGUACAUGCUUUCUGUUGCCACGAGUCGGGUGCUACAGUGCUCGCAGUGGCCUCGAGGCAGCAGCUGCUUAUCACAGGUGGGAAGAAGGGCCUGAUCAGCAUCCUGGAGCUUGCCCACAGGCGCCAGCGGCAGAGUUUCCAGGCCCACGACUCGCCAAUCAAAGCACUGGCCAUUGAUCCAACUGAGGACUGCUUUAUCAGUGGAUCAGCUGAGGGCAACAUUAAGGUUUGGAGCCUGGCCACACAGUCUCUCCUCUACACUUUUCCAAAUGAACACGCCCGCCAGUCACUGUUCAGGAACCUUGGCACGGGCGUCAUGCAGAUCGAGAUGGGACCGGCCAGUCACAUCUUUUCCUGUGGCGCUGAUGGAACCAUGAAAAUGAGGAUCCUCCCCAACCGCUUCAGUACUGUCAAUAACAACAGCGACGGCAACCUCAAAAAUGAUGUCAAAUUCUUCAUAUAGGCAGAAAAAUGUGGUGUUAAAGCAGUUUAAUCAAAUAAUGUGAAGUGCAUUUUAUGAUCAAGUAAAGUUCCUGGUACUAUAGUGGAGAAAACAAUACCUGAUUGGAACAGUGGCGGUCAAGGGUUCAUUUUGGGGAAACAAUGCGAUAACAUAACGACGACAUCACAUUUUAUCAUCCGUUUUAAAUGAACAGUAGCUUUCAUAGCAAAGAUAUUUAAUAUUAAUGGGAUUUACAGACUUUCACAGAGUGACUAUGCAGUCACAUGAUCCACUGUGCUUUGUGUGGGACCUGAACCCAAACUUGGUGUUAAAGAUGACCAAACACAGGAGCCCCUGGCAAGUGUUUUCAACUACAGUGGAAGUGGGUACAGGGUAACAAGUGAGGGCAUGUUCAGUCAGUACAAGCUGUAACAGACAACAGCCCAGCUGGAAGUUCUCCACAACAAACUGCCAUCAUCCUUGUUUAGUGAACAGCACACAGAGAACCUUUUCUGCACAGGAAGUGAAGCUGUAGAAGGAGUAGGAGUGAAAAGAGUUGCAGCGUUGUUCUGAUACACCUUCUCUAUAGCUCGUAUUAGUCAAGCAGUCACAAUAGUGGAAGCUCUUGUGGAAUCAGUGCUGGAGCAUUCAGUUGAUUAAAUAACAAAAAGAUAAGUGAUCUCUCUCCUUUAGGGUCUUGACUGUUACCACAAGACUGUGCAACACUAUCGACCCUGCUCAGCGUAAUGCAGUAAAGCCAGCGAAUAUCGUGCACAGCACAUUCUGUCCAGCGAGGAGGAUUGCCGGCGCAUUCUGGUGCUCCAUGUAAGUGUCUGUACACAAAUGACACCAGCUUGGUUGAGAAAACAGAACUAAGUGUUUGUCAAAAUCACAGCACAUUUUAGGAAUUACAGGAUGGCAUUUUAAUUUUAGGUACUAGGCUGAUGCCCUUUUUGAGCCUGACUUGAAAUUAACACAGGAAACUUUCACGUUGUAAAGGGAAAAACUGUCUCUUUAAAUUUAAAGCAGCAGUUUUACAUUUUGGGAAAACACUUUCUGGCUGAGACAUAAGAUGAGCAGACAUAUUAUGCACAUGUUUGUGCAUCAAAUAUGAGGUAGGUUAGUAGACAACAUAGACACAACUGGGUAUAAUUUCUGUAAACAAAGCAUUUGCAUAGAUUUAGUGUCUUCUCAUCUUCUCUGCCACAAAGUCAGUAACGAGUAUCUUUCCAAAAAUUGAACAAUUCCUUUAAUCGACAGUCAAAACUUGUGAUUUGAGUUUAUAUGUACUGAUAUCAGGUGUUUUCUUAAACUGUCAUGGACUACCUGAGUGCGCCAUUUCUUUCUCUACUUGCACAUAAAAAUGAAGCUAAGUUAUAUGUAGUGCAGUGCAUAUAACUACAAGACUAGAUGAGAUUAAACUAGUCCAGGCCUUUGGGCAUAAGAUUGCAAUAUGUAGAACAAUGUUUGAUUAUCCCAGCCCUAGAUUUAACCAGUGGUAUAACUAUCAAGUGUCCUUAAAUUCUGAAAACUACUUCUGCCGUACUGGCACAGUACAAGUAUUAUGGGUCCUGACUGGUUCCAACUAAUAUUAGGUUGCACAAGUAGCUUUAGUUUACAAGGCCUUUGUUGGUAUGGGAUAACUACAGAAGAAGAUUAGAGCCACCCUAUCCGCUUCUGCAGCUAACAGAUACCACAUGUUGUAGCUGCAUUUUGUUUUUGAAAUGUAGCAGUAAAAUUUGCUAUUGACAAUGGAAAAUGAUUGGGGUGGGGCAGGUUCGUUUUAGAGGAUCUCCGAUUUUAUUCCAAUAACAAUGCACUUCCUUUUCAUCGACUGAACUUUCAGUUUCCAUAUGGACCAUGAUUUAAAACGGCCUGGAAAAUGUUGCUUGUGUUGCACUAAUUGUAUUAGCAGAUUUGCUUUCUCUGGUUUGCCGUUCAGUUCUUCUGGCACAGUUACAGUAAUUAACUUCACCUAAAUGCAGCACACUCCGUACAUGCUUGGAAAAUGUAAGCUAGGUUGGUGUACAAUGUGUCUUCCACAUAAAGAAGGAAGGAGGUCAUGCAAAGUGUCCUAUAGCUGUUAGGUCUUAAGGAAGUAACAACCCACAUAACCUUGUGCUGCUGUAGGGAAUCACAUGUACAUUGGUUCUGAUUUCAGGGAGAAUAAACUGAGGAAAUCCAAGUGGAUGAAGCAGAUUGAUUGCUGUUGUGUAUAUACAUAGAUCCAUAAACUAGGCUUCUCAUAACGGCAUAAUCAUAAUGACUAGCUGUAGAUAAGCCAUGAAUGACAAAAGCCACUUUAUGAAGAAUAUCAUUCUGUACAAAUACAGGUAUAUUUAAGAAAUAUGUUCAUAUUUAGGGUUAUAUAGACUGAUCAAACAGCAGAUGUAAUCUUAUUUCCUGCUUAUUGGUUACCCCUCACCCACCCCCUUAACGACCACAAAUCAAAAGUGGCUGGAAAGCCAAACUAUAUGUACUCCUACAGAAACUGGAGAAUAGACUUGAUUUUCCUCACUCGGGUUAGUCACUGAACCAAAUAAUCACUUUCAGCUCUUUUUUCCCCUCCCCUUCAAGUUUGCAAAUGUGAAUUUGAUCAAAUAAUUCUAAUUUUAUAUUGAGGAUAUUGUGUAAAUCAAUGUAUUAUAUACAGAAAAUGUAUCAAAUGUAAUAAAACAUUAUGAAAAUGAAAUGUUUUUUUGUAGUUUUGAAAACCAGUUGAUCAUACCAGUGCAUUUUUUGUGACGGACAGUGUUUUUCCUCACACUUUUGGCUUCAGUGGGAA